AUGACGUUCGAUCCGCUCGAUCAUUUAGACGCCUCUUUGGGCGACUUCGAGCCGACGACCCCGCCCCCCAACAAGAGGUCCACCACCGGGAACUUGUUCCGCUACCCAUCGCACCACUCGGGGUUCCGGUCCGAAGACAACGAGAGCGACCUGGGCCCGGACCCAGAAAACUCAGUCUCCGCCGGUGGCUACAGUCCUCCGGCCUGGCGCCGCCUCGGAAACGGGAGCCGCGACAGCGGCUUUUGGCGCAGGAGUGAUGACCUCCUUGGCGCAUUCCCGCCGCCGUUCCGCCGCGCCUUUGGCACCAAAUCGCGCGAGUCGAGCCCCGAGUAUGACAGCGACGGUGACGAGCACGAGGCGGUGCUGCGCAGGGCUAUGCGCACGAGGUUGCCGACGGGUAGCAAGAGCCCCGACAAGGGACGGUCGCCGAGCCCUGAGCCCAAGAUGGAGAAUACAACGAUCAAGCUAGAGGAUAUCCCAUGGAAAGAGGCGAGUCCGUCGGAGGGCACGUUGAAUCAAGACAACUACAUCAGAUUCGCAUUGCGCGCAGAAGUACAGCAGCGCACAGAACCAAUCGAGGCACUCGUCCACUUCUUCCGCUCCAAGUGGCGCUUCCUAACUCACUCGUGGUCAUCCACGAUCCUAUCCAUCAUCGUCGCCGUGCUCGCCGUCACUGCGACGCGCAACCUCUUCCAGCCCGCCGCGCAACAGCCGGUCCCUGAUCUGGUCAAGGUCGCCGGAAUCGCGCGCUCAUUCGAGCCGCUCAUCUACUUCUCCGAAAACGGCGCAUCGCAGGUCGGCGAUCUACAGGCCACGGGCGUCGCUGUUUGGGAUCUCGGCGAGAGUGUGCGCUCCAGCAAUAUGACGUCUGCGCCCAUCAUCGUCAAGGAGCUCGAUGACCUAAGUGACAGCCUCAAGACUCUGGCUGUUGAGCUGACCAAGUUCUUUGCAAACGUCGACGGUGAUAUUGACGGCAUUCUCAUCGUCAUGGACUGGGCGCGUAGAGAGCUCUCUCAAGUUCAGCACCUUCCGUCGUCUCCCUUCACUGCCGCCUUUGACAACAUUCAUAACCUCCUCUCCCUAGCCGGCGUCCUCGAGGACGGCUUCGGCACCCCGACUCGCCUUGGCUCCCUCUCGAGGUACAUAUUUGGCAUGUCUAACCCGCAACGGACCCGCCUCACCCUCCAGCGCACGUUCAACGAGUUCCUCACUGUGCUCGAGGACGCCAUCAACUCGGAACUCCAGCACUCUCUUGCCUUGUUCGCUCUCUUCGAGGCGAUCGACCAUCAGUUCCUGAACCUUGCCCGCACCGUCGUUCGCGAGGCCUCGGCGCAAGACGACAUGCAUGCCGACCUGCUGUCGUCGCUCUGGACGCGCAUUCUGGGCGCCAACGCCGCCGAGGUGGCCAAGUACGACCGGAACCGUCAGCUGUUGCAGAAUGUGAGGGAGAAGACAGUGCGGAACAAAAGCAUUCUGGUCGAGCACAAUGGCAAACUCAUGGCGCUCAAGGCCAACCUCGAGAACCUGCGGCGCAAGCUCGUCAGCCCACUGGUCAGGUCCGUCAACUCGAGCACCUUGACUCUCGAGGACCAGAUUCGUGGGCUCGAAGACGUCGGCGGGUAUCUCGAGGGCGUGCGCACACGGCAGAAGGGCAAGCUGAUGGAGAUGCUGUACGGGAAUGUGGGGAACAACCGCCGCCUCAUUGAGGAGCGGUCGUACGACCGUACAUCUUGA